AUGGCACAAGCAGACACUGACAUAAAAAUGAAUGGUGCUAGUAAUUCCACGGAAAAGAGUGAUCUUGGUCUCACUCCGGCUGGAUAUGAACGUGAAAGACUAAACAAAUUACUCAAGAUAUUGGACAGUGGAUUUGGCCUGGAAGACAACAAGGUGGAAGAUUUACCUGUAAAAAAAGUAAAAUUUCGAGAUGCCAAGAAGACUGCACCAAAUCCACUAACCCAGCGAGUGAAAACAUUUUAUGUUGACAGCUGGCCAGAAGUCACAGUUAAGUUAGGGAACACGAUCCGUCCAAUGUCUGGAAGUCGUCAUUUGAUUGGUGGAACACCCAUUACGGUGGAAACUGCUGUGGCUCUCAAACACAUGAUCUUUGGAUCAUGGGCAAGUCAGGUCCAUUUCUUUUCCACAGAAUGGAGGAAAUCAACUAUAGAUUUCUAUGAUAUCUCUGGACCAUUUUCCUAUGGACUACAGACACUCAGGAGCGGUUCGCGUGGCCUUGUAUUAGCUAUACAGGCCUAUCUGUUAAAGAGUCUCAUUUUUGAUCGUCAGUUUGCUUCACUAGCUCUCAUACGGAGUGCCCUUCAGCCAAAUGAGUUUGAAAGGAAGCGUGCUCUGAUAUCAGCGAUGUGUCAAAUUUUGUGGAAAGUUGGUGAAAAUCGGCGGUGCUGUAUUUGUCUACAACAGGUUGACCGAUGCUUCCCUAAUGACUAUCGCUGUCGGGAUGAUGGAAUCACAGAGAAGAUUUUAUUAUUUGAAUUCAAGAACUACAAGGACCUGGAGAUGUUUAUGAAUAGACACUGGACAGAGUUUCGCAGAGAGGGAAACAAUGGCUGUAUCAUGUUCUUGUACAGCAUCAUCCUGUCUAGGACCACAGCUAAGAUCUAUGAGGAUUUACAGAUGGAAGAAGAUGACCGACAAAGGAAGUUACUAACAGACAAUGAAGACUGCACUAUGGCCCUUCUUAACCUAUUGAUGACUGGCAUGGCUACGCCUUAUCUCCAUAAUAAUAAUCUCAUAUAUGGCGAAGAUGUCAAAGUACUGGAUGAUGAACCUAUUAAUGCCCGUGACCAACGUAACCCCAAUCCAGACGAAAUGAAUGAAGAAGAUGCCAAGCCAAGGAGAGGUAUACAAGUCAGAAGUACCAUUGGUUUCUUAUACUAUGAUAAGGCAGAACAAACGAACGCUAGGACUGAAGUUGGCAGUAUGCUGAAGACUCCUAAACUGCCAUUAUGGCUGACUAGUACCAAUGGUCAGAUUGGUUUAUUGUUCAGCAAUAAAAUAGACCUUGUUUCUGACUGGAGGGUGGAGAAUCGCUUCUCACUAUACUACUACACAGGACUGGCAGCCCACAAACCCUGUAUACUUGAUAUAGAAACAAGACAUGGUCGCAGUGUUAAAGGACAGACACAUCUGAUGCGACGGAAGGAAGAUGACAAGAUUCCGUCCCUGGAGCACAUCAUAAUGUCAAAAUGGUAUGGUGCAGCCAUCAAAUGGCAGGGUUGUGAUCCUUUCUACUGA